AUGUCUCCGGCUAAAGUUGAUACCACUAAGAAGGCCGAUCCAAAGGCCAAGGCCUUGAAGGCAGCAAAGGCAGUGAAAUCUGGCCAAGCCUUCAAGAAGAAGGACAAAAAGAUUAGGACUAAGGUUACCUUCCACAGGCCAAAGACUUUGACCAAGGCUAGAGACCCCAAGUACCCAAGAAUCAGUGCUACUCCCAGGAACAAGUUGGACCAUUACGGUAUCCUCAAGUACCCACUCACCACUGAGUCUGCGAUGAAGAAGAUUGAGGAUAACAACACUCUUGUUUUCAUUGUUGACAUUCGUGCUGACAAGAAGAAGAUCAAGGAUGCUGUUAAGAAAAUGUAUGACAUUCAGACAAAGAAGGUCAACACCCUCAUCAGGCCUGAUGGAACGAAGAAGGCUUACGUUAGGCUUACACCGGACUAUGAUGCGUUAGAUGUUGCUAACAAGAUUGGCAUCAUCUAA